CCGCCCUCUGGCUCCAAGGAUCCUGGUCCCGCCUCCGGACCUCUUCCCGCGUGGCGACGCACGCAGCCCGGGAAAGGCCGCGUAACUGAGUGAUCUUUGGAGACAGUAAAUGGCAUGACCCAGAAGACGAAAUUCCCAAAGGAUCAAGACCAGAGUUCGUGCGGUGGGUGCAACAGGGUGAUAAGAAAUGAAGCCAAGAGGUACAGACCCAAGGAUCUUAUCUCUAGCUGCUGAGGUUGCAAAAAGUCCUGAGCAAAAUGUCCCUGUUAUACUGUUGAAGUUAAAAGAAAUAAUAAACAACACACCUUUAGGAAGCUCAGAGUUGAAGAAAAUAAAAGAAGAUAUAUAUUGUUAUGACCUUAUUCGGUAUUGCCUUUUGGUCCUCAGUCAGGAUUGUUCUCGAAUCCAGGGUGGUUGGACUACAAUUUCCCAGCUUACACAGAUACUAAGUCAUUGCUGUGUGGGCUUGGAGCCAGGAGAAGAUGCAGAGGAAUUUUACAAUGAAUUACUUCCAUCAGCUGCAGAAAAUUUUCUGGUUUUGGGGAGGCGAUUGCAAACAUGUUUCAUCAAUGCAGCUAAGGGUGAAGAAAAAGAUGAAUUAUUACAUUUUUUCCAAAUUGUGACUGAUUCUCUCUUCUGGCUCUUGGGAGGCCAUGUUCAACUCAUCCAAAAUGUACUACAAAGUGAUCAUUUCUUACAUUUACUGCAAACUGACAACCUUCAAAUAGGAUCUACAGUCAUGACUAUGCUACAGAAUAUACUGCAGAUCAACAGUGGUGAUUUACUUCGAAUAGAAGGAAAAAAACUACAUUCAAUUCUAGAUGAAGUUGUUUUCAAGCUUUUAUCAACUCCUAGCUCAGUCAUAAGAAGUACUGCUACAAAGCUCCUACUGUUGAUGACUAAAUCCCAUCAAGAAAUUUUGAUUUUACUGAGACUAAGUGCCUGCUACAAAGGACUCAGACGUCUGCUAAAUAAGCCAGAGCCUGGGACAGAGUUUAGUCAAGAACUUGGACAGCUCAUUGCCCUUUUAACCCCUAAUGUCUAUCAGGAAGUAGAAGAACAGAAACUGCAUCAAGCAGCUUGCUUGAUUCAAGCUUAUUGGAAGGGCUUCCAAACUAGAAAGAGAUUAAAGAAGCUUCCAUCUGCUGUGAUUACUUUGCAGAGGAGUUUCAGAUCUAAACGAACCAAGAUAUUACAGAAGCUACAUAGGGAGAAGGAAGAAGAGGAUCGCAGAUUACAGUUGCUCCUUCAAAGACAGAGAGCGAUGAGACUGUCCCGAGAAUUACAGCUGAGUAUGCUUGAAAUAGUUCAUCCAGGUCAGGUGGAAAAAUAUAAUCGGGAAAUAGAAGAGAAAUCAGCAUUGAUUAUCCAGAAACACUGGAGAGGGUACAGGGAAAGGAAAAAUUUUCGCCAACAGAGGCCAUCUCUCACGGAGUAUAAAGCAGCUGUCAUACUUCAGAGAGCAACUCUUAAAUUUCUAGCUAAGUGUCGUAAGAAAAAGAAAUUCACUUCUUGGCAAGGACUUCAAGAUCUCACUGAUGUACGCAGAGUUGAACUGAAGCAACAAGUGGAUGACUAUCUUCGAAGACACCCGAGCUCUCAGAUGUCAGAUGUGACUAGCAAAGAGCUCCAUUCCCGAGCUCAAGAACAACUGCAACACUACCUUAUGGGCAGAGCCCUAGAAGAGAGAGCCCAGCAGCGCAGGGAGGCUCUGAUGGCUCAGAUCAACACCAACAUUGAACAAUUAAUGAGGGCACCAAAUUUGAAGGAAGCAGAAGAGAAGGAACCUGAGCUCUUCCUAAGUAGAUCCAGGCCUGUGGCAGCCAAGGCCAAGCAGGCCCAUCUCACCACUCUGAAACAUUUACAAGCACCCUGGUGGAAGAAGCUUGGGGAAGAAGCUGGAGAUGAGAUUGAUGUCCCAAAGGAUGAGCUUAGUGUAGAAUUAGAAACUUUAUUCAUUGGUGGAACCAAACUCCCUUAGGGAGCUACCCAAAGAAAUGACACUUAUUUCAGGAGAUUAUAUUGGUUCUGUCUCUGGCAUGCCAGUAGAAUAGAGCUAUCCUAACUCAUGGUUUUCCAGGGAGUCCUCUCCAGGUAAGGUUUUCAGGCAGUAAGCAAAGGUUACCUUCUACCACUAUCUCAGUUCUCUUUUUCCUCUUCCACAUCAACAUCCCAGGCCACACACAAAUUAAAUUAGUAUGACUUUUAUUGUGGAACUAACCUCAGUCUGUUGCUUAAAUGAAAUGUGGUAGUUCUUUUGUUUUUGCUGUUUUCCUACUAAAGAUGUUUUCAAAAUAAAUGUUUUCAACAAUUCUCAAAAA